AUGCAUCCGGAAAACAUACUAACUAACAUGGAUUCCGAACCACAAAAAUCGAUAAAGCUAGCAUCGUCAUCUGAUUCGGGCGACUGUUUAAUCCCGGGCCUGCUCGAUGACGUGGCCUUCACGUGCCUCGCCCGCGCUAGCCGUUCUGACUACGCCUCCCUCUCCUGCCUCAACAAGAGAUUCCACCGCCUCAUCAAGAGCGACUACUUGUACGAGCUGAGGCGACAGUCGGGCAUAGUCGAGCACUGGGUCUACAUGGUGUGUGAUCCCCGAGGUUGGGAGACCUUCGACCCCUUGAGAAAAAAAUGGACACGACUGCCGAAAAUCCCGUGCGACGACUGCUUCAACUACGCGGACAAGGAGUCCUUGGCCGUGGGUAGUGAGGUUUUGGUUUUCGGGCGAGAGAUGUUUGAGUUCGCCAUAUGGAAGUACAGCUUGAGCACACGUGAUUGGUCCAAGUGUCGUGGCAUGAUUCGACCUCGCUGCCUUUUCGCAUCCGCAAGUCUCGGCUCGAUCGCGAUUGUGGCUGGUGGCAGUGAUAAGAACGGGAAUGUCUUGAAAUCGGCCGAGCUUUACGAUUCCCUUACGGGUGAGUGGGAGGAUCUCCCGAGCAUGCACACGCCUCGUAGGCUGUGCUCGGGGUUUUUCAUGGCCGGGAAAUUUUAUGUGCUUGGGGGGAUGAGCGAAGGGGUGUCAGACUGGUUGACUUGCGGGGAGGAGUUUGAUUUGAGGACUCGGAAGUGGAGAAGGAUUGAAGGGAUGUAUCCAAACGUGAACCGAGCUGCGCAGGCGCCGCCGCUUGUGGCGGUGGUGGACGAGCAGCUGUAUGGGGUGGAGUACAUGACGAAUAUGGUGAAGAGGUACAAUUGGGAAGGGAACAUGUGGGAGGAUAUGGGGAGGCUUCCGGUGAGGGCCGACUCGUCGAAUGGGUGGGGGCUGGCGUUCAAGUCGUGUGGGGAGGCGAUUUUGGUGGUUGGUGGGCAGCGAGGGCCGGAGGGGGAGGCUAUUGUGUUGAGUUCUUGGAAGCCCAAGAAAUCGGGAGUUCAGAACGGGACUCUGGAUUGGGAGGUGGUGGGAGUGAAAGAGCACGCAGGCGUGUUCGUCUACAACUGUGCUGUCAUGGGCUGCUGA